GAGGAGCCCGCGGCCCCAGCUCCGGAGAGUCGAGAGGCGGCGGCGGCGGCGGCUUCCCUUUUCUCCCCGUGCGAGCUCCGGAGCGCCUCGGGGAUCGGCCCUAAAAAGAGCAGGAAAUCUUGUUUACCGCCCGGGGAGAGGAGCCGAUCGAGCCUUUGUCUGGAAAGUCAGCAUCUCCGGCUCUGGCUGCAAUGUGCUCCCGGUGACAUUAGCAUCGGGCAGACUGGUCGCAGAAGCGGGGAUCGCCAGGGUGCCCUCUGGUUGCAGAGGCGGAUCAAGUGGGUGACUUUUUGUGCAUUCGUUUUAAUUUUUGAUAAUCUGGCUUUUCUCCUCCGUCGCUCGCCGCCGGGCAUGUCCUGAUCGGGCGGCCGCUCCUACCGCCCCGGCUGCAGAUCUGAGGAGCCGCUUCCAGCGGGUCUCGCUCCCUCCCUGACUUUGCAACGCCGCGUUCCGGGAGGACCGACCUCCGGGAGGAAGGAGGCGGGGGAUCCGCGAACACCGGACCCAAACCUUGACAUGCUCUCGGGCGGAGAAGAGGAAGCCCGGAGCUGAGCGCGCCGCCGGGGCUGCCUCGCCUGCCAGCUGCGAGCAGGGCUCCGGGCGCCGUGCUCUGCGCCUGGGCGCCAGCUUUGUUGGUCUGGGGGGCGCCCCCAGUUUGCCGCCCGGGGGUUCGUGGCCGGCAGGACCAUGCUGCUGAAGGAGUACAGGAUCUGCAUGCCGCUCACCGUGGACGAGUACAAGAUCGGACAGCUGUAUAUGAUCAGCAAGCACAGCCACGAGCAGAGCGACCGAGGAGAAGGGGUGGAGGUCGUCCAGAACGAGCCCUUCGAGGACCCUCACCAUGGCAACGGGCAGUUCACCGAGAAGCGGGUCUAUCUCAACAGCAAACUGCCUAGCUGGGCCAGAGCUGUCGUUCCCAAAAUAUUUUACGUCACAGAGAAAGCUUGGAACUACUAUCCCUACACAAUUACAGAAUACACGUGUUCCUUCCUGCCGAAAUUCUCCAUCCAUAUAGAAACCAAGUAUGAGGACAAUAAAGGAAGCAACGACAGGAUUUUUGACAAUGAAGCCAAAGACCUAGAGAGAGAAGUUUGUUUUAUUGAUAUUGCCUGCGAUGAAAUUCCAGAGCGCUACUACAAAGAAUCGGAGGAUCCUAAGCACUUCAGGUCGGAGAAGACAGGACGGGGAAAGUUAAAGGAAGGCUGGAGAGAUAACCAUCAGCCCAUCAUGUGCUCCUACAAGUUGGUGACCGUGAAGUUCGAAGUCUGGGGCCUUCAGACCAGAGUGGAACAGUUUGUACACAAGGUGGUCCGAGAUAUUCUGCUGAUUGGACACAGACAGGCUUUUGCGUGGGUUGAUGAGUGGUAUGAUAUGACAAUGGAGGAUGUUCGGGAAUACGAGAAAAACAUGCAUGAACAAACCAACAUAAAAGUUUGCAAUCAGCAUUCCUCCACUGUGGAUGACAUAGACAGCCAUGUCCAAACAAGUACAUGACAAUGGAUGAAGUCCGAGAGUUUGAGCGAGCCACUCAGGAAGCCACCAACAAGAAAAUCGGCGUCUUUCCACCUGCAAUUUCUAUCUCCAGCAUCUCCCUGCUUCCUUCGUCAGUCCGCAGCGCCCCUUCCAGUGCUCCGUCCACACCUCUCGCCACAGACGCCCCAGAAUUUCUGUCAGUUCCCAAAGAUCGACCCCGGAAAAAGUCGGCCCCAGAAACUCUGACGCUUCCAGACCCUGAGAAGAAAGCCACCCUGAAUUUACCUGGCGUCCACGCCUCAGAUAAGCCAUGUCGACCCAAAUCAGAGUAACUUCAAAUGAAUAUUUCAUGGGGUUUUAUAUUUUCAUUUUGGGUGUGUGUGUGUGUGCUUUUUUUUUUUUUUAAAGAAUCUUCUGAUAAAGAAAAAGACUGCUUUGUCACUCAAACGUCCCUUCAAUCUCUGAGUGUGCAUGUGGUUAAGUAAUUCACCUAUUAGAGUCCCUAAGUAUACCACACAGCCUCAUAUUAGAUGUAAAAUGUAAGACUUGCAAAGGACAGAGGAAUCUUCUGUAGCCACAGCUGGAAGCCAGGGAGGAAGUCUUGUCAUUAAGCAUUAAGCUUUGGAUGAAGUUGGUUGGACUUUGAGGGUAAAAAAACAAAAAUGUGGCAUGACUUUUGUCAUAGGGUGUGGUUAAAGAGUGAAGUCAAUUUCCUCCCAUCAAACCUGAAAUUCUCAAAAAUACUAUUCUCAGGCAUAAUCUAAUUGUUAAAUUUUGAACUGCUCAUCACCAAUACUUGAAUACCAAAAGUUUCUGAGAUUCCUAUUUUUGAUUAGUCUGACUCAGGAUUUGGGGCCUAAUUAACUCUUUAAAUUUUUUGAAAAUUUUAAUUAUCAACCUCUAGAGGCUCCAAGUGCAAUUAAUGAUAACUUAUUUAUAGCUUUCACAGCAUUUAAUAAAGAUUCCACUUGUUCCUGUCUUUUAAUAACUUUCCCCUUGUGCCCUCAUGGCCUCGGAAACCUUUAAGAAUUGCAUAAGCGAAUGUGACCCCAACGGACUGAUUUUAGAAUGCUUUGGUUUAGGAACCAAGAGGCCCAGAUGAGGCAAACAUCUUUUUUCUCUACAGACACCAAAAACUUUGACUUGUCAGCUUCUGUCAUCCAAUAAGAUUCUCAGAAUUUGCAGUUAAUUGAAUAGAAUUCAUUGACUGUUUGCCCAUUCAAAUGAGUUCAAGAGUAGAGUAAGCUCACUGGACUUUGAAACUGUCAGAAUGUCUGGUUCGGUCCUAAAAAGGAGAAUUGUCUCCCAUCCACCCUCCAUCCUGGUUUUACUUUUAGUAACAGCCAGACACUCCUAGGUCAAUUUAGACGUCUCUGGGACGGAUGGUCCAUCACUGGUCUUAGAAAAGACUCAUCCUCUGGCUCCUUUACUUGAAACUCAAACACUGGGAAUGUCACAGAACUUAAGUAAAUACUGUCGAGUGGGAGGAGAGAAUGAGCAGAAUUGCUGGUUCCCAUUUGUAGACUCACAAAGGAAGAAUGAUAAAAGGUGUCAUCUGUCUGAUUCUCUUUUCUUCAAGCAGAGGUAGUGCCAGAUUAGAAAGUUGAUGGGAGACAAGACCCUUCACUAAAGGGUCUUGAACAAGAACUCUCCUUUGAUCUAAAGAGAACACACACUCACCUCUGCACCUCACUGCCUUGACACGCAGAAGGAAAGGCAAGCAGAAUCGAGCAUUUACUUUUGUCCUCCCAGAGAGGAAGAAAACAAAAUGAUUGGGCAACUCUGAGGCCCCAGCUAGCCUUCCUGACCUAACCUCCAACCUCAGGAAAGGGGCCUUCCCAAAACACAGAUCCCAAAGGAAACAACAUAGACCAAGAUCACGGUCUCCUCACAGGCUCUCAGCCAAUGGACCCUGCCUGCUUCCCUCUCCGUGCUCUGCUCUCUGCAUAGUGUCUUUCAAGUUGAUAAACUCUCCCAAGGUGCCGGCGCUGGCCCCGUGAGCCCAGCACCAAGUGUUCUAAGUCAUACGUCAGACUGUCAAGAUCAUUUCUUUUUAUCUAUAGGUUGACAUUGACCUUAAUAAAUCAAUAAAUCCAGAACGCAAAGGAAACCAGUCACCAGUAACUUAGGGCAACACUGCAUCUCCGCUGAGAAUGACAGCCUGGUAGCAAGACUCCUUCUUUGCAUGGUGUGAUAGCAUGAUUCCUGCUCGUGGGAAAACAGUCUUUUCUCAAACCCCUUGGACUUUGCUCCCUCCCACACAGUAGUCCUAAAAAUGAGAAUGUUUGACUUUAGGAAGCAAAACUCUACUUUCAGAAGACACUGGCAUAGCGUUUGCAUUUGCUUACCAUUUGCAAGCUGAAAUCAGGUUGGGGUGGGAUCACGACUUUCACAUCCGAUUGAUUUUGUGCCAGUGGUUAACCAUCGGCACCUAGCUUUUCCAUGAACAUCUUCUUUACCUUUUUGUAAAGUAACUUCUGCUAUCCAGAUCAACAAUUCUAUAUGCUUUAGAAAGCGAAUUUGUGAAUUCCUUCUGUGAGAUUUCUUUCUCUUAAAGCCAGCCUAAUAUCCACAGACAUCAAUUGCGAAGCUCUGACGAUUGUAUGAUUCUUAGCCAACAAAUGCGUGUGCUCUUCAAGUACGUUGUUUUCCUGUCUACGUGUGGUUUGUGUGCAUUCAAAGGGUGGGGGGGUGCCAGUGUUCAUUUAACUGCUUUGAAUAUUUAAUCCAGUCAUCAUAAGGCAUAAAUGACUUCCAACGUUUUAUCUGUCUUGAGUUUCAAAUGUCAUUUCACUUUCUGCCCCCCAUGAAUUUGUUGAUUGUGGGGUGAAAACCUGCGAUGAAUAUGUACAUAGAACAUUAAUCAUUCCUAUAAAGAUGGAAGUUAAGUCACUGCAUGAUGGAAACUUAGAAGAAAAAAGCAGAACCUUGAAUUCUUUAAGCAUGUUUGAGGGGAAACAGAAUCUUUAUCUCAGUGCCUCUGUCUGCAAUGUGGAAACCUUCGCCUUUGUCCACCAAAAUUGUAUGAUACCAGUGUAAAUAUAUAAAUAGAGUAUAAUAAAUCAGACACCACCAGUUUUUAAGUCUCCGGUAGUGAAAUUUAAAUAAAUAAUCCAUAAGCCAAUGCAUAUUCACCCCAUCUUCAUCUUUGAUGUCAGUGGAAACCACCACAAUGACCCUGCAUUUCAUUAAUUUGAGGGGAUUUCACUUCAAAGCACCCUUGUUCACUGACUGGCACAGUAUCCCGGCUCUGACUGUGCUUUUCCAGCUUAAGAAGAUCUCAGUGUUUUGACCACAUAAGCUUUGUCAUAAGUCAGCUCUGAAGGCCAUUUUGUUUUCCUAUUCUGGAACUGUCAUGAGGCGAAGCAGAGGAAAUGCUUUAGCCACAAAGGAGGCAAGACAUUUUUCUGUUACUGCCAUCACAAGCAAGACAAGAUGAGUUCAUUUGUAAACCGAUUUAUAAGCCCUGUGUUACCGUGUUGCAUCUGUGUGGGGAAAAUGAUGUUAAUUUAUUUGGACUUAUUGAUCAGUCAUGUUUUUAGUUGUGAAAAUAAAUGUCUCAGUAACAUGGUUGUGGAUGUAGAAUGUAGACAACUUAAAGACACAACAUAGCCCCCAAAAGGAAUGGUUUUCUUUCAUGACACUGUCAUAAACAGUGAGCUAAGAGAAUAGCUUCUCGCACUUUUUGAAAAGGGAUUGUUUGGUGAACACGUCACGGCUGAUUUACACACGGUUUAAAAUUCUACUUUCUUCAUGUCUCUUCAUGGUUCUGCGACUGACAUUGGUUGACUUACAUCAACAGGAAAGGGUCAGUUGUGACCCUUUCCCAGCCUCGUGUACUCAGAUAGCCCAACAGGGAGGAGCUGACCAAGUCACCCUCAGCCCUUCUGAGCAGCUGAGUCCGUGGGUCACGUGACAAUCUGCCAACUUUAAAGAACAGACUGUCUGGCGACCGCAGCUGAACCAUCUUAACCAGACUCCCCGACCACUCUUGCUGAGAUGGAAGGAGCAGCAUCGGCUUCUUCUCUGUUCUCCCCUCAAGCAGUCUGUUUGCCUCUGAAAUGUAAGUAUUCAAAGUGUUUAGGAGUUAGUAUAAGGAAAGGAUGUGAAGAUGUUGAGAACUUCUCAGACGCUGUUAUUCCAACUAAUUUUGUUGUUAACAAAUGCUUUCAAAUCUGCCUCUCUGUGUUUCUGCUUGAAAUCACAAACCUGUCUGCUGAUUGCAGUUUCCUUUCUGUUUCUGUCGCCAAGAGAGUCCUUGAGUUGUGCUUAGCCCGAUGCCACUUUUAUGUAGCUGCAAGUGUGCUGUUUUGUGUUUGCAUGUCGAGCUGGGAUCUCGAUGGUUCACUCGUCAGUGGAGCCCUGCCACCGAGGAAGGGCGAGCUCUGCCACUCGUUGUUCCACACAGGCAAAGCAGACAGAAGUUGGUCUUCACACAUGCCAUCCUGUGUCAUUUUAUGGCUGCUUUGUGGGGUUUUUCCCCAGUUAUUUAUUAUUGUUAAUAACUUACUUUUUCUUACAUUCUGUUGUAAAUAAAGUACAAAGCAAUCUUC